UAAUUGGUACUUGUAGUGCACGGUACCGUCCAGCUUUUUUAUAUACUGUAUUAUGACUGCAAAGGAUGUGACUAAUUUAACCUUCAUCAGCGGUUGUGAGUUUGACACCACCUCUAGACAGUUGACAACGCACAAUACCGCCACCUCCGGUCCACAGGCAGCAGUAAAGUAAAACCGGAUUUUUCCUACAACGCCCACUGUUACUACGUAAGCUAAACCAUCGAUGACAAAAAUGGCGGACAACACACAGUCGGUCGAGGUUGUCGAGGGCUGCCGACUCCCCGUUCUUCGUAAAAACCAAGAACACGAGGACGAGUGGCCGUUGGCAGAAAUUCUAAGUGUAAAAGAAGUCUCCGGAAGAAAACUUUAUUAUGUACACUACAUCGACUUUAAUAAACGUCUGGAUGAGUGGGUCACAGCGGACAGGCUGGACAUGAAGAAACUUCAGUUCCCUAAGAAGGACGCUAAACCAUCUACCAAAAAUGGUCUUCCAGGCUCCCGCCCCAGUUCUCCAGAAAGAGAAGUAAGAAAGGGUGUAGAAACCAACCCUCCGCCUGUGACGGCUCCCAGAGGAAAAACUCUCCCAACACUGCAUAAAAGAAAAGUUGAGAUGGCACCAACAGUGGCUCCGGUGUCCCAGGUUAUCCCAGUACCCUCCAUCCCUACCCCACCUGAAGUUUCCCAAGUGUCUGUUUUUCCUACUGUACGGGAAACCAACAUUUUCAAGUCCCGAGAAGACCACGACCUCACAAUGAAUGGCACUGCACGGCGACUCGUUCCCACUCCUCAACCUGGAAGAAAAAGGAAAGCUCCCUGUAGUGGACCCGAUGAGAUAAAGGUUUUGCCGUAUAACAACUCUCAAAGUGCCACUGUUUACCUGGCGCCACCAGAGGACUCUCAAGAUAGUUCAGAUGGCAUCCCUUCUGCUCCUCGCAUGACAGGGAGUUUGGUGUCCGACCGCAGCCACGAUGACAUUGUCACCCGGAUGAAAAACAUCGAGUGUAUAGAGCUAGGGCGCCACAGACUGAAGCCCUGGUACUUUUCUCCAUAUCCACAGGAACUCACUGCUUUGCCUAUCCUCUACCUUUGUGAAUUCUGCCUCAAGUAUCUCAAAAGCCUCAAGUGUCUCCAGAGGCAUUUGACAAAAUGUAAUCUGAGGCAUCCUCCAGGGAAUGAGAUCUAUCGUAAAGGCACCAUUUCUUUCUUUGAAAUCGACGGAAGAAAAAACAAAAAUUACUCCCAGAACCUGUGUUUACUCGCAAAGUGUUUCCUGGAUCACAAAACCUUGUACUAUGACACAGACCCCUUUCUCUUCUAUGUAAUGACAGAGUACGACUUUAAAGGCUUUCACAUAGUCGGAUACUUUUCUAAGGAAAAAGAGUCAACUGAAGAUUAUAACGUGGCAUGUAUACUGACAUUACCUCCCUAUCAACGAAGAGGCUAUGGAAAACUGCUCAUUGAGUUUAGCUAUGAGCUGUCCAAGGUUGAAGGAAAGACGGGAACUCCUGAAAAGCCACUUUCUGAUCUUGGUCUUUUGUCGUAUCGUUCGUACUGGUCACAGACAAUUUUAGAAAUUCUGAUGGACCUUAAACCUGACAAUGGAGAACGGCCACAGAUUACCAUCAAUGAAAUCAGUGAGUUAACGAGUGUAAAGAAAGAAGAUGUCAUUUCUACGCUUCAGUACCUCAACCUAAUCAACUACUACAAGGGUCAAUACAUUUUGACACUCUCAGAGGACAUUGUGGACGGGCAUGAAAAAGCGAUGCAGAAAAGACACUUGCGCAUUGAUCCAAAAUGUCUUCACUUCACUCCCAAGGACUGGAGCAAGAGGGGCAAGUGGUAAACUCCCAGCCAUGUUUAUAGAACUUUCACACCAAAUGCUUCAGCAGAAACCCCCAGCCAGACUCUGUGAACCAGCUGUGACUUACGAGACAAAGACAUAAUAUGAUUUAGAUCAAAACCACGCACCAUGUGUUUUAAAUGUUAAAGGAAUUUAAAGAUUUAGGCACAGAAAGAAAUUAAAUGUUUAAGGAACCAGGCUUAGUGUAAAAUAUUUAGCCAAACUGAUGAAUGUUUGCCUUAUGUUUUAUCAAUAUAACAACUAGCGAAACUGAGUUGAUGUCCUGUUUAGUUUUUUUUUUUUUGUUUGCACUGGUUAACCGAAAAUACUGAAAGAGUUUCUACAUUAUUUGUAACUGCCAUAUUUUGACAUCCCAGCUCCAGAAUUUUUGUGUAGUGUUUUUUCUUUUACCUCCAAAUUUGUCAAUUGUGUUACUGUACUAUGAAUUACUGGCCGCAUCCAUAUCCUUUUUUUUUUGAUGAAAAAGGUAAAUAUCACAUACCCUGUUAUGAUCGUGUGUAAUUUUUUACAUUGACAUCAGUUUAAGUAAAAAAUGCAUGAUAAACCUU